ACGAGAGAGGGCGGUCGUCGUUAUCAAGAUGGCAGCGCCUUUGCAGUUUAUUUUUCCUUCUUGCAAACUGAACUCUGAAUCGUUUGGAGAUGGAAUAAGGAAGAAACGUCACGGCAUCACUCGCCAAAAGUUCCUAGAAAAACACCAGAAGUGUAUUGUAUCUGGAGAGCAUGGCAGUGGGAAGACUGCACUCCUAUUUCAGUGUGCAGUCUCGCUGGCCCAGAGAGGAUGUCAUGUGACGUUCAUCACGCCAACAAAGUUUCAGUCUCUACCACCAGCAGUAGAGGGGGCUAUAACUCCUGAUCCACUUCUGAUGAAACAAAUCAAUAUCAUGUACUUCCAAGACAGACCAACUCUGAUCCAGUAUCUUAGUAAACUCCACUCUACGACACCGCUCCCUCAUGCAAUCAUUAUAGAUAACAUAGACUACUAUGCUAUACACCCCCAGACUUCAGUAUUAGCAUCUGUUGUGACCGUGAUGUGUGCCUAUUUGGUUGACGCAGUGACAUAUAUUGCAAACAAAAGGUCUGAUUCCGAUGAUGAUGGUGAUGCAGACGAUUGUUUUCUCCUCGCAUCCAUCAGCUGCUCUUCCCAGGGGGAUUAUCAGGUCCCUCAUGUAUACCGCAAUUUCCUCACCAGUGAACUCCACGUCACAAGUAAGUGCACCAAACUCUAAAAAGUGCAAAAUGUUGUAAGAUUCAAGGUAAAUUAGUACAGGCUAUAUUAAUAAGCAUUUACACUUAGUUAACUAGGGGAGGGGUCAAAUCGUUGGUCGAUCCGUCUCUGUAAUGACUUCAGAAUAUCUCUCAUUUUGUAAAACAAGAUAUUCUUGCAGGUUUCAGCAAUAAUUAGAAACACGUAUGUAAAGAGUAUACAAUGGAUACAUAACGUUUUCCAAUGGAUGGCAAGAUUCUUUUCCAUUUUACAUCUUUUCUGCAUCCAAAAGUGCAGUGGGACCAAACUUUAAGGUUUGAUAUUUGACCUGUCCAACGUGCAAUAAUAUUAGAAGUAUCAAUCAAUUUUAGUGUAGUGGGCAUUGCCAAUUUCAAAUGUUAUCACAAAAUUGACAAAACAAUCGUGAGAAAUGAUAAAUAUGUGUCAUAUGUGCCAAAUGGAGCUGGCAAAAUAGAUGUAAUUAUACAAAUAAAAAAGGGGUAUUUUGUCAUGUACUAGUAGAUGGAUUUUUUUCUCCAUGGUAUAACACAGGCAAUGGGCCCAAACGUCUUCGUUGUAUUGACAAGUCAUAUAAUUUUUUAGCAUUACUUUAUUAUCAACUAGAUUGAGAUUUUUUAUUCCACAUUUGACUUCUACAAAGUUGUGAUGAUAUCUUCUAACAAUUGACAUUCUAAAAAAAUAUUAUAGAAUGCAUCGACUUUUAAUUUUUUUUUGGAUGCACGCACUCACUGUUACCAAUAAUUCUUAGAACAUUUCCAUUUAAUUUAAUGUAGCAUAACAGAGGACAAUUAAAAACUUUGCUCGUGGGCGUAGGUGCCGGUGCCGGGCAUCGAACCCCAGACCUUUAUGGCAUGAGGCAAAACCAUCAUUGGAGAAGGCAAACCCCUGUUACCAACCAUGGAAAACCCAAAUCACCCCAGGCCAAUUAUUUAAGUAUCUAAACAUGAGUUUCUUGACCUCGAUGGGUAAAAAAAAAACUAAACCGCAAUUACAUAUGCAGUGCGCCGAAUCGAGCAAACUCGCUCGCCAUCGCAUGCAGUCAUUUUUAUUUCUCUUUAAAUAGUUUCCUUAUUUCGGGGCCGAUUUUCUUCGUUUGAAACUGAAAAACAUUGGAUUUCAAAAUACAAUAUGCCUUUGAAAACUUGAUAAAAUAUCAAACACAAUAAUUUAAUUCCGAAAGGCCUACUUCAUGCAGAGCUGCUCUUAUGUAAUAUCAGCUGUUGUUUAUGAUCUAACCCUCGGCUUGCCUGAUAAGAGGGAUUAUCAGCGAUACAGGGUUGAUCUAGCGCUUGGAAAUGAAAAAACAUUGAUCCUCUCUCUGUCUCUCUCCCUAUCUCCUUUUACGUUUCUGUGUUUCCUCUUACUUUUCCUCCUUUACGGUUUCUUUAAAGGUUAUUCUUUCUUCCUUCCUUCCUUCGGCUUCUAUCUUUCUUUAAUUCUUUCUCUUUCUUCCUUUCUUUAUUGCCUACGCAGCGUGACGAUUCAAUAAAAAUCUGCAGCCCACCAGCGCAUGCAAUCAUUUUUAUUCUCUGUAACAGUUUACUUUUUUUCAGGCCCGAUUUUCUUCGUUCGAAAUUGAAAACAAAUUAACAUUGAAUUUCAAAAUACAAUAUGCCUUUGAAAACUUGAUUAUUUAUACAAUAAUUUAAUUCCGAAAGGCCUACUACAGGCAUAGCUGCUCUUAUGUAAUAACACAGCUGUUGUUUAUGGUCUUACCCACGGGCUUGCGCUUGCGGAGGAGAAAUGUUACAUAAGAGGGAUUAUUGGGCGAUUCAGGGUUGAUAGUGCUUGGGAAUGAAAUAUCUUGGUUCCUCCGAGGAUUUUGUUAUCGGGGUAUACGACCGCAGCAAAGCCAUGAGCUUGUGCAGCGAAUCUGCAACGAGGGUUUGACAUAAUGGGUCUAGUCAGGGGCCUUAGACCACUCCACCAUUGCACCUUCACUACUUGUUGGAUUUUGUUUUAUUUCUUUUUCACAUCCAGAUUUGGAGUAAAACAUGCUCAAUAUUGUAUUUUAAUUUUCUUUUGUGAACAAAUAUUGUUGAUUUUCAAAUGUGAAAUAUAAGAAAAUGUUUGACACAAUUAUGUUUUUGUGCAAUUGUCAUUCUACACAAAGUAUUCCAAGUUUGCUGCAGUCUUUCAUUCAUUUAGAAUGGUAUAUGGGAACCACACACAAAACUGCAUGAAUGUUCUGCCAAGUUUCAAAAUAUUUCUUUCUUUCUUUGCCAUGCUUCUAAUAUUAGAAUAUCUUGAGUUGACCUGUGUAUUAUAUUUAUAUUAACUUGAAAAAAUGUGAAUUAUCACCCAGAGCUGAACCAUACUUUAAAACACUUCUGUUCUAUGUUUUCCUUUAAAAUCAAGGUAGACCCUAGAUAUGACAAAUAUUGCUAUGUUGGGCAAUCACCUAUGCAAAAGAAAAAGUUACAACCGAUACUGAUUUCCAGCAAGACCAGAAUGACCAAACUCCAUUGUGUAAAGCUGACUCUGCUACUGCAAUUGCUAUAGCUCCCUCUCUUGUCGAACUGCUAUAUAGGUUAAUCCUUGCCACAAGUUAAUUUUUGUGAAUUACAAUGCACAUGUACAGUACAUGGACAAGCUAUUACCAUUCAAUUAUAAUAGAUACCGUCCACAAAUAUUUAUAUUUUUUCUUUAGUUUGAUACAUAUAUUGUAAAGGUAAAAUGAUAAUAUGGGGAAAAUUUCCUCCAAUAUUUACAAAAAUAACCCACUGUAAAUGAUUUGUUUGCAACCAGAUAAGAAAUAUUGCAUAUGAAUUAUUCCUCAUAGUUUCAAUCAUAAAGUGUUCAUUUCGAUAUGUGAUUGUAAUAUGAAAUUUACCAUUUUGGAUAGUGCUUUCCAGGCCUAUAUAUUUACCAAUGAUAAUUCCAUGUCAGUCCCAUAGAAAUGUACAUGUAGUUCCUUUGAUAAAAAGCAAAUGUACAUGUCAUGCAAGACACGAAUUUUCUUUUAGAAAGAGAUCUGAAAUUCUGUUUAACUGUUUAUUAUCCUGAUAUUAUAUCACAGGGUAUUGAAACUAAUGUACCCUCAAACAUGGCCUCAUUGAUGAAUUUGUGAAUUUCUCCAUUUUAUUUUCUCAAGUCUUGUAUAAUUUGUAUAAAUGUAUUAUCUUUUCAACCAAGAACCCAGAGACACAAAUUGAAUUUGUGGGAUUUCAAAACAGACCAUAAUAAUCAAGCAUGAGAGUUAUUAGACAUAUGGAAUGUUUUGAUAUUGAGUUUUUUUCUGUAAAAUCAUCAUAAUUCUACAACCUUUAAUAAAAGGGAUUACACCAUGACCAACACCU